AAUUCUGAUUUCCCCGCCUGGCGUCAGAUCCACACUCGCGGGCACAACGGAGAAGAAAGAAGCCAAUUUCUCGGCAGCUUAUUAUAUUAUACCAAAAUUAGACGCAGGCUAAUAUCACAAAAAAAUCUCCUCAGAAUCCCAAACCACCAAACCUCACCUCCCUCCGGAAACCUCCAUUUUUCUGGAAUAGUUAAAACACACUCAGAAUCAGAACUAGUGUCCAAAUUACCCGCUUAGCCAGCCUGCCCGCCUCCAUCUCUCUUCUCUUUCUCCACCGCUUUCUCAUUAUAUAAGCUUUUACACAAUCGAGCAUUCCCCGUCACAGCGAAGCUUUGGUAUAACUGAUCAGCGAAUUCGAAUUUUUCUCCGGCGGCAUAAAAAAAUGGCGACGACUAUCGAGGAGAAGGAAGUGACGGUGUUCGGAGAGGAGGAAGCCAAGCAAUUAGUCAACGAGCUCAGAGUCGCUUACGAUUCCGGCAGGACCCGGAGCUACAGCUGGAGGGUGGCUCAGCUGAAGAACAUCCUCAGGAUGUGCGACGACAGCGAGAAAGAGGUCGUCGAAGCUCUUCACAAGGAUCUCGCCAAGCCUGAGCUCGAAUCAACUCUCUAUGAGAGAGACAACACGGGUGGCAGGCAGCUAGCUAACAUUGGAGUUCUGUAUUUAAUGAAGUGGGGGGAUGCAGUUGUGGGGUCUGCAUUGCAGCUAGGUAUGAUAAAGAAUGCAUGUAAAGUGGCACUCAAGGAACUAAAGAAUUGGAUCAGGCCGGAGAAGGCAAAAACUUCGCUGACAACGUUCCCUUCAUCAGCUGAAAUUGUGUCCGAGCCGUUUGGGGUUAUAUUGAUAAUUUCUGCAUGGAACUAUCCUUUCUGUAGGUUCAUGCUAUCCAUUGAUCCAGUGAUUGGAGCUAUUGCAGCUGGGAAUGCGGUGCUUUUAAAACCAUCUGAGCUAGCUCCCGCCUCGUCAUCAUUGCUUGCAAAACUUUUUGCACAGUAUUUAGAUACUUGUUCCAUUAAGGUUGUUGAAGGAGCUGUCUCUGAAACGUCAGCUCUGCUAGAGCAAAAGUGGGACAAAAUAAUGUAUACAGGGAACGGGAGGGUUGGGCGCAUUGUGAUGGCUGCUGCUGCAAAGCACUUGACACCUGUCAUCAUGGAGCUUGGGGGGAAAUGUCCAGUGGUCGUUGAUUCAGACAUUAAUUUACAGGUUGCAGUUAGGCGACUCAUUGCAGGCAAGUGGGGCUGUAACAAUGGACAAGCAUGUAUAUCCCCUGAUUACAUUUUAACAACCAAAGAUUAUGCACCAAAGCUGGUCGAUGCUCUGAAAACAGAACUCGAGAAAUUUUAUGGGAAAAAUCAGUUGGAGUCAAAGGACUUGUCUCGCAUUGUCAACUCUAACCAUUUUGCUAGGUUAUCCAAGCUACUGGAGGAUGAGAAGGUUUCUGGUAAAAUAGUGUAUGGUGGUGAAAGGGACAAAGAUAAGCUGAGAAUUGCUCCUACCAUUUUGCUAGAUGUGCUGAGGGAUUCGCUGAUAAUGAAUGAAGAAAUAUUCGGUCCUUUGCUUCCCAUCCUCACGUUGAACAAUAUUGAUGAGAGUUUCAAUGUGAUCAACUCGGGAACAAAGCCACUUGCAGCCUAUAUAUUCACCAACAAUAAGAAGCUCAAAGAAAAGUUUGUGAUGUCUGUCUCUGCUGGGGGCAUCGUCAUCAAUGACACAACAAUUCAUAUGGCGGUUCAUACGGUGCCUUUUGGAGGCGUUGGCGAGAGUGGGAUGGGGUCGUACCACGGGAAGUUCUCAUUUGAUGCCUUCAGCCACAAGAAAGCUGUGGUGUAUCGGAGUUUUACAGGCGAUGCUGCCUUGAGGUAUCCGCCAUACACGGGCUUCAAACUGAGAAUGAUGAAAGCUCUAAUGGGCGGCAGUUUCCUUGCAAUCCUGCGCGCACUCUUUGGUGGGUCUAAGUCUUGAAAGAUUCUGAAUCGGAUCAAUGUGGAUAGCUUUGUUCAAUGUAAGCUAUAUGUGCAAACCUCAACAUACAUGGAAACUUCCCCUAAAGACUUGGGUUUGAGUGUGAUCUUGCAUUUAUUAUUGACUGAGAAGAUGCAAGGGAAACGUUUCAAAUCAAUCUACUGCUGUGUCAUUGUUGUUCAAUAAAGCCAGAUUGGUUGGUUAGGCAUGGAGAUGAUCACGUCGCGUUGAGAUGACCAUGCGGUCAUAAGACAAGCCAUGGAAUGUCGUGAGAGGCCAAGUCAUAGCCAAUUAGCCACGAAGUAAGAUAAUGCUCAUUGCGCAUGUCUAAGAAGAUACUAACGAGCCAGAUUGACGCGUGUUCAUGUAGUUCAAUAGUUUCUUUCUCUUCAGUACGUACUAUUGUCUCAUUAGUAUUGUCGUUAAGAGCACCUUUCCUAGAUUUAGGUGUUUGUUACUUCUUUAUUGGACUAAUUGGGCCAGGAGUGAGCAAUUGUACUUUUCUGUGUGACCUGUUUUUCUGGAUUACCUUCUGGCCAUCUUUGACUUAUCGAGUCUAAACAAGGAGUAUACUUAUUAUUUGUGAUAUUAGUGGUAUUUGGUUGAAAUUUCGUAUUUCAACAGUGUAUUAAUUGAAUAUCUUUUACAUUGAUGUUAAGAACGAUAG